CCCUUCCUGAGUUAACUUCACUCUCAUUAAACGUUACUGUCUAUUUUUUUGUUCACCAAAUUCAGUAUUUCAAUGUUUUUUUCAGUUGUAAGUCAAUACAAUCAACUUAUGUAAUCUCACACCAACUAUACUUUAAUUUAUAAGCGUUAGUGUAUAUAUAUAAAUGACUAAAUUUACCUUCAUCUUAAAUAUCCUUGGUUAGUUUUGGUAUUACCUUUAGAAAAUUGAUUGACCUUUACCUCUGCUGGUUGCAAUUUUUCAGUGUAUUUUUCUUGAUUACCUCUCGUUGGUUUUUCUACAACAAUUUGACGGUCAACAGGUUUCCUUGAUUAUAAUUACCAUCCUUCGUUAAUAUUUUUCACUGUGGUCACAUAAUAUAUUUGGUUCCCUCCAAAUUUGAAAUAAAUAGCAAACGUUUUGCAGUUUCCAUCAUCAGUCAACGUUUAAUUCAUCAGCUCAACACUUUUGUUUUUACAACUCGACAUUACCACGUUCAACACAACAUUCAAAAUGAAAUUCUUGGCAACCAUCGUUUGUUUCAUUGUUACCCUUACCAUUGGAUUUGUAUCUUGUGAUUAUUAUGGCACUGGUUUUCCAGCUGGUGGUUAUGGACCUGAGCUAAUCCGGUACAAAAAGGUUCCUUUCCCAUAUCGAUCAGGACGAAACACUGGCUAUGGUGGUUAUGGAUAUGGCGGUGGUUACCCAUUAGGAGGAGGAUAUCCAUUAAAUGACGGGUAUUAGAAUCAAUGGAUUGACAUCUUGGCUUAGAAGACCUUCCAAUGGUAAAGGACUUGUAGAGAGGAUUUUGGGAUAACGCAUAUGAUAUAAAACAAUUUAAAAUACAUUUGUAAUCUAUUUGGUGGUGCUUACGCUUUGCAUUGCUUCGCUAUCAACAACAUGGGGACUGGUUGCUUAAACACGCUUCUAUGGUCGCUUUUUUCAUCUAUUUACCUCGCCACUAAUUUGAUUUUAAAUUAAGCCAGCUUUCAUUGCUUUAUUUACAGAAAACAAAUCACCAAAAAUCACAACAACAACCACCAGAAUAAUGUUAAUUAUCUUCAUCUAUGCCAACCAAAACUCUUUAAAUUUGUUAUUUUCAUAAUCUUUCUCUUAAAUGAUUAUACUUUUCUAUUAAAGUAAUUUUAAAAACAA